CACACACACUCAGUCUGACGCUAAGCUCCGCCCCCCGCACCGUGCUGAGGGAGACCCGGCAAUGAAGAAGGAACGUUCACCCAGUCAGGCAGCCAGCCGGCGGCGGAGACACACGGACCGGACCGGAGGAAAGGUCACACUGCAGGGAUGUCAUCACUCUUCCUCCUCCUCUUCCUCACCCCUGCUUCCAUGUUGGAGUUUCGGUACCACACCAACCAGGAGAUGGAGCAGUACCUGCUGCAGGUCAACGCCUCCAACCCCGACAUCACUCACCUGUACAGCAUCGGCCAGUCGGUCUUAGGUCGGGAGUUGUGGGUUUUAGCUCUCAGCGUUCGUCCUCGCAGCCACACAGUCAGCAUCCCGGAGUUCAAAUACGUGGCCAACAUGCAUGGAAACGAGGUUGUUGGUCGGGAGCUGAUGCUGCAGCUGGUCGACGAUUUGGUUCGCGGUUACAGAAACAAUGAAAGUUGGUCGACGCAGCUCCUGAACAGCAGCAGAAUCCACAUCCUGCCGACGAUGAACCCCGACGGCUUCGACGUGGCUGACACACACUGUCAGUUCAGCCAGGGAAGGUGGAACCACAACAGCGUUGAUCUGAACAGGAACUUUCCCGACGCUUUCAUUGGUUUACGAAAGCAGCAGCAGCUCAACGAGGACAAGAGGGAGGCUGAGGUCAGAGCUGUGAUGGACUGGUUGAAGACUGAGAGCUUCGUUCUGUCUGCAAACCUCCAUGGAGGAGCUCUGGUGGCCAAUUAUCCUUACGACAACAGCAACGGAGGCAGCGAGCUGAUGGGCGGAGCCAGCGUCACCCCCGACAACGACGUCUUCGUCCACCUGGCCAAGGUGUACUCCCACAACCACGCCUCCAUGCACCAGGGCAACGUCUGCCAGGACAGCAGGCCCUUCCUGGACGGCAUCACCAACGGAUACCAGUGGUACCCUCUGCCAGGUGGGAUGCAGGACUACAACUACAUCUGGGCUCAGUGUCUUGAACUGACUCUGGAGGUUUCCUGCUGUAAGUUUCCUCCAGCUGAUCAACUUCCUGUUCUGUGGACCGACAACAGGAAGUCACUGCUGGCCUUCAUGAAGCAGGUUCACCUCGGGGUUAAAGGUCGGGUGUUCGAUGGUUCUGGAGUUCCGGUCCAGAACGCGGUGGUGGAGGUUAAAGGUCGCAGGAACUUAUGUCCAUUCAGAACUGACCGACAUGGAGAAUAUUACCGACUGCUGCUGCCAGGAAACUACAGCUUCACAGUGACGUAUCCGGGUCACGAGGUUCUGACGGCGACUCUUAACGUCCCGUACGGUCCCGAUCAGUUCUCCGCCAUGAAACACGACUUCCUGUUACAACGCAUUGCCACGACGACGGACAAAACCCCGAUGAACGCCACACCGACCUGCAACCACACCUUGCAGCAGGUGGGCGGAGCCACCGUUGGGCCCACGUGGAGCGGGUCAGCGGUCGGGUUGAGCCUCGUGGCGAUGCUAAGAACCCUGAUGGACUGACCCGGUGGCUAGCGGGAGGUCGCAGGUUCAAUUUCAGCAUCAAGACUGAACAAAAACAAGAUGACCACCAGAGAUUCCUGAAGGGACGGGUGGACUUUAUGGCUACCAAAAAACCUAACUUAUGGCUUAAAGGAUGAACCGAAGUGGAGCAGGAAGUGCUGGUCACAGGUUCAUUGGGAGGUUCUCAAAAAAACCCACAAAAACAUGGAAAUUCCCGACUGCUAGCAGCGCUAACGGGCAUUUUGACUCAUCGCAGUAGGAAAAGCAGAGCGUAGAUUUUUCAAGACAUAUUAUACUAAGAUGUUUUAAGACAUUUUUGAAGAAAGAUUAUACUGAUGUGUUUCUUGCAACAUUGUGGAGAUAUACUAGGACGUUACAACAUUUUGAAAGACAGAAUGUUGUAUGGCAUUUUUGAGGAUAUACUUGGACGUUUUUUAUGACAUUGUUAAAGACAGAACAUUUUUGACAUUUUUGAAGACAUACUUGGACAUUUUUUACAACAUUUUAAAGACAUUUUACAACAUUUUAGGACAUUUUGAAGACAUAUUUGGACGUUCUUUGCGACAUUUUGAAAGACGUAUUAGAAUAUUUUAUGAGAUUUUUGAAGAUAUACCAGGACAUUUUUUGCAAUAUUUUGAAAGACAUAUUAGAACUUUUAAUGACAUUUUUGAAGAUAUACUUGGAGGGUUUUUAUGACACUUCAAAAGACACAUUAGAACGUUUUAGGACAUUUUUGAGGAUAUACCAGAACAUUUUUUACGACAUUUUUAAAAACAUAUCAGAACAUUUUAUGACGUUUUUGAAGAUAUAUUUAGAUGUUUUUUACACUAUUCUUAAAGACAUUCUACACAAUGACGGUCUAUACAACACUUUUGAAGACGUAGUAUACUAUGACAUUUUUAUGAGAUUUUUAAGGAUAUACUAUACUGUAUUUAUUAUUGCAAACUAUACCGGACAUUUUUGAAGAUAUACUGUACUUUUCUUUUUUUUUUUACAACAUUGUUGAACAUUUUUUAGCUCUUUCAGUAUCCCGGUAUUCUUCAUGCCUCCACACUAGCCAAGUGUCCGUCCUUAUGCAACACAUAUUUUAUAGAAUUUCAAGAAAUUUGGUAACAAAUGGCACAUUUACAUCCACUACCAAUAGCAGGAGGUGCUAAUUUUCCAGCUGGCUGCUAUUUAAGUAUUGCAAAAGAAGAGGCUGCACCAAGAAUGACAUUAAAGAAAGAGCUCUAGUAGUAAAAAUGUAAAAUUCAUCAUCAGAAUCUGCGUUUCAAGAUGUUUUCAUCAGUUUUUCCUCAUCAGAUUUGGUGGAUAUUUAAAUCACAUGCUUACAUCUGCUUUGGUUUUAUUGCUGUGCCAACUUUUCAACUCCAGCCGAGCUUAAAAAAAACAAAAUUUUCACCCACCAGUGGUCACAUAAACAUGUAGAAUGGGCCCUGAUGUUGAUAGUAUAGCCUUCUCAUGGUUAUCGGAACAGUCCCAGAACUUUUCGAUCGCACCUCGCAUAUGCUUUUGGUAUAACAAGAGCGUCCCAUUUUUUUUGUAUUUUCUGUUUCUUUGCUGCCUCAAAAAUCAAUACUGCCAAGUUUGCUUGCUUUGGUCAAUUCACAUGUCAUUAAUUUGACACAAAAAGUUGCACAGAUAAACUUACUUUGCCACUUGGAAAUAUUUUAUUGAGAAGAAUCUAAAGUAUGUGGCUGUAAAAUACUGCCGGUGUGACUGGACUUUAUAGUAUUUCUGGAGAAAUUACAAUGAAAAACCUCCUAAGAAGUGAAAUAAACCAAGAAAAACAUAACAAAACACAACAAAAUUUGGGAUUUAAGGGAAAAUAACAUGAAACACCUCAGGAGAGUUUCAACACGAAGUUGUAAAAAUAAUAAAAACUCAAAGUUCAACACUCUCAGAGCAACAAACAGGUUUUAAAUCUGGAUUUGGCUUCUUCAAAAGACAGUUUGUUGUAUUUAAAGGGGUCACAGGAGGGAAAAGGCCUGAGGAUUUUGUCUGUGGAUUAAAAAUGUCUUCCCUGCUGAGAUGUUCCAGCUUGUGAGGUGAUGAUAAGAUUUGAGAGUGAGGUUCUAGCUGUAGUUUCAUGUGUGAGGAGGAGCACUUUAAAAUUAGCACCAGCAGGGCAGAAUGCUGUUUUUAGAAAGGGGAAUAUUUAGAGCAGAGAAAAGGGCAUCGGAGGAGUCGAGGGUGGAAAUUACAGCGACAUGAGCUGUGAAAUGAAGCUUUUCUGGUGCAACUGACGCUGGAGGAUCAAAGUCGUCAGAAAUGUUCAUACAAGGGUUUGUUCUUUAUUCAACCUGUUCAUGCUUUAGUCUGGCGGUUCCAAAUCUGAGGCUUAGAAUUAAAACUGAGGAGUCACGAGAUGAUUAUUUUUAUGGUUUUUGCUCAUUUUAUUGUGAAAUAUUGCACAGUUUUCUAUCUUUAGGCCUUAAUUGUACAUAAAACUUGUCGAAACUUUGUUUUUUAGACCAAAGUUUUUGUUUUUCUGCUGCAAAAACCACAUUUUUUUUGGAUUCAUACUGCACUCUGAUUGUGUUUGCUUAAUAUUGGCUUCACAAUUAUAUGCAAACAUUGAAAAUAUCACAAACAAUGAAAAUUAAAUGCAAAUUAGGCCUCUUUUGGAAACUCGACAAACCACAAGAAAGCUUGCAGUCUGACAAGACAGUUCUCUGUAGGUAAAAUAUGGUGCUAUAGCGUGUUCAAGUUACAUGGGAGGUCUGUCAUUAAAGACUUUGUAUGUGAAGAGAAGGAUUUUGAAAUCUAUUCUUGAUUUUACAGGCAGCCUAUAGCUCUGAGAUGGCAUACAGUCAGAUAUUUUUAGCAUUUUGGCUCAUUUUUACUAUGAAAUGCUGCACAGUUUUUGAUCUUAAGGCCUCAAUUGUACAUAAAACUUGCAGAAACUUUAUUUUUUUGCACCAGUUUGUGUUUUUCUGCUGCAUAAAUUACUACUUUUCACAUUCAUACUGAGCUCAGGUUGUGUAUGCUUAAUACUGGCUUCACAAUUGUAUGCAAACUUUUGAAAUAUCGCAAAAAAUGCUAAUAUAUUGCAAAUUAGGCCUCAUGUGGAAACUCUACAAACCACAAGAAAGCUUGCAGUCUGACAAGAUAGUUCUCUUUAGGUAAAAUAUGAGGUGUUUAAAUGUCAGUAAAGCUAAGUCAUUAAAGGUUUUGUGUGUGAGGAGAAGGAUUUUAAAAUCUAUCCUUGAUUUUACAGGCAGCCUAUAGCUCUGGGAAGACUUACAGUCAGAUAUUUUUAGCAUUUUGCUAAUUUUAUUGAGAAAUAUUGCAGUUUUUGAUCUUUAGGCCUCAGUCGUACAUCAAACUUGCAGCAAACUUUGUUUUUUAGAUUCAUACUGCACUCAGGUUGUGUUUGCAUAUAACUGAAUAUGCAAAUUUAUAAUAACUUGAAAUACUGCAUAAAACAGGAUAAAAAAGGCAAAUUAGGCUCCUCUCCAUUAACUGCGUUGGUCUCUCUCAUCUAUUUUUGGAAACGCUACAAACCACAGCAAAGCUUGCAGUUUGAGAAUUCAGUGCUCUGUUGGGAAAAUCCGGUGCUAUGACGUGUUUAAAUUACCAUUAAACUUUGUCAGGAAAAGGAAUUUAAAUUCUAUCCUUGAUUUUACAGGGACCCCGUAGCUGUAGUUGCAUGUAGUUGUCAAGCAAAUUCUAAAUUUAUUUGAAAUGUUGCACCAAAAAAAAGAGGGAAAAUAAAAUUAAGCUAAUUUCUAAGCUGCAGAGUGUGAUCAGAAGGUGGCGCUAUAGGCUAAGAGCUAAAAAUACCUUGAAAAGGGAGAAAAAUCAACAAAACGCUGCCUUUUUAUAAGAAAAUCAACGUAGAGAAAUCUUGAUGAAUCAUUUCAGUCUGAAAAGUUUAAAGACUCUUAAGUCAACCAUUUUUGUAGUUUUCUGGACACAAAGAUAACGAAAUAAACAGCUGAUCAUUGGCUCUAGAUAUUUACAUUUUAAGGUCUCCAAACUCUGAGGUUUUUUUGCACUAAUCUGCACUCUACUAAAAUGUUUCUCCAUGCUGAAUGGAUCUCCAACAACUCCUCCUCUGUUCACUGUUUCUGAGCCAUGCUGCAUUUAUUUUAUUUUCUUCUCAUCUGAAAACUCUCAAAUUUUUCAAUUAAAGCUUCCCAGUUGUGUUGAGAAGCUCAGAAUUUUUUGGUUUUUACUGAAUUUUGUUACCGUAAGCGGUUUAUUUUUGGUUUACCACAUUUUUAAAUCUCGCCGUGAAGCUCAGAUGUCUUUUGCUCGCCUCCAGGACAGAAACUCAGCGGCCUUCUGCAAAUUUUCCAGCUUUAUUUUUUGCUAAAUGUCGGGUUUUUCUACUUUUGUACUGUUUUAUAUCAAAUGUCGCUCCGUUUAACUCCUCUGUGCCAUGAUUUAAGUGACUGCAGGCUUCAGUCACGCCUCAAACGUCAGACCUCAUUUUGGUUUUUGCCUUUUUUCUGUUUCACUACAGUGUAAAACAACGAAAAUGCUGUGAACUGACAUUUAUUCGUACACCUGGUUCUCGAAGGAAAUCAAUAAAAAGACAAAUAAAGGA